CUCGCGUUCUGUUUCAGUUGUCACUUAGUCUUGGGAGAGGAACAUCCAGAAUGACACACAUAGUGAAAACUUUGAACAGCUGGUUUUGGUGGGAGGACGUUUGGAUGCCCAGGAACUGUUCAUGGACAGACUUCGAAGACCGCAAUGGACUCGUCUUCCCCAAACCAUACCAUUUAUAUGCCACAAUCCCCUUUGCCUUUGUGAUGUUGAUUCUUAGGUUCUUUCUUGAAAGAUUUAUCGCUGUUCCGCUGGCAAGUGCUCUGGGCAUCAAGGAAGUGAAGCGCGUCAAGCCCCAGCCCAACCCCACGCUAGAAGAUUAUUUCAAAGCAUGCACAAAAAAGCCAUCACAGGCAGAGAUACGUCGAUUAGCCAAGAAGUGUAAUUGGACUGUGCACCUGGUGGAGAAAUGGUUUCGACGGCGGCGAAAUCUAGAAAUCCCAACUAUGCUUAAGAAAUUUCAAGAAGCUUGCUGGCGAUUUUCAUUCUAUCUCUUCUCGAGCAUUGGUGGAUUCGCGAUUCUCUACGAUAAACCCUGGUUUCAUGACAUUUGGAAUGUUUGGGACGGCUACCCGUUUCAUUCCUUGCUUCCAUCCCAGUAUUGGUACUACAUGGCUGAGAUGAGUUUCUAUUGGUCGCUGGUGUUUACCCUGGGAGUGGACACCAAGAGGAAGGACUUCAAAGCCCAUCUUGUUCACCACUUCGCGGCGCUCGGCUUGAUGUUUUUCUCCUACUGUGCCAAUUAUGUCCGCCUUGGUACACUGGUGAUGAUCGUCCAUGACUGUGCAGACUUCUGGCUUGAGGCCGCGAAGAUAUUCAACUAUGCUCACUGGGAGAGGACCUGCAGCAUCCUCUUUGUCAUCUUUGCCUUUAUAUUCUUCAUCUCAAGACUCAUUGUCUUCCCUUUCUGGAUUAUUCGUGCCACUGCAUAUUAUCCUGUGUUUUAUUCACAAACGUUCGUCAUAGCGUAUUUCUUGUCCAAUGGGCAGCUGUUGGUCCUGCAAUGUCUACAUAUCUACUGGAGCUACUUAAUUUUCAAAAUCCUGAGGAAAUUCAUUUUCAUAAAGAAAGUGAAAGACGACAGGAGCGAUGAAGAAGAGGAAGAUUCCCUUAGUGACACAGAAGAGAAGACCAUCAAAAAUGGAAGCAAGAACGGCUGUGAGGCAAGCCACGCGCUCCUGAACAACAACAAUUAUUAGACCGUUGUCAAGCUCUGUGGCGUUGGUUGCCAUGCCCCGUAUCCCACCCUAAAGCAGAGGGACGACCAUGAACAUCUUCCCUGGAGUCCAUGACUGAUUUUAUCACUGGCCACUAAAGCUGAAAGAAAGCCCCAUUUUCUCUUUUAAUAAUUUUCUUAACUAAACAUGCCCUAUUUUCUAACACUCAGCAUGUCGGUUCAAGCAGCAAACACGACAUCUUCAUCUCUUCAAGUGCCCACGGAUCUCUGAAUAGUCUUGGAAUGUCCUAAUUUCGAGCGACCUUUACAAUUGGUUCACCGUUUAAGCCGUUUCCCUCAGCUCCUUGUAGUGUUUUGACGUGAAUCGAGAAGUGUGGUUGGUGCACGUUCCACGGAAGAGCUAAAUGGUUUUUAUGCGAGGGAAAGUCUGUGACACUGAAAUUCUUUAAACAAACAUCACGCUUGUCGCACUGCGGAUUUUCAGCAACAUCUGUGACUGAAUUUGACCUGAGGGGAAACCGGCAAAGUAGACUAAGAUCUGUCCAGGUUCUCCAUACUAUGUCCUCCAUACUAUGUUCUUCCAGUCAACUUUUCCACCAUUUAUUGUUGCGCAAGCCCCGAGUCGUCAUAGCCGGUAGGCCAUCUUUAGGAGUUCAUAGGAGACGCUAUAAGGCUGUUUAAUUUGCAAGGGCUUUAGAGGGGUUUUUGCUUGCUGACAUUUUCUUGGAAGGGGUUACUGGGGCGUUGUUGUGUUUUGUAUAUUUGUUAAUAUCGGAAUUGUAUUCAGUCACCUGGAGCCAGGAGGGAAACACAAGGUAUAAAUAUUUUAAUACAAAUAAAUUAAUAAGUUUAAAAUGUAGGGGGGGUUUCGGGGGUGGGUUGAAGUCAAUGCCAACUGCACUAUCCAGUUUAAAGCAAUUGAAGAAGAAGAAGUAGAAGAAGAAGAAGAAGAAGAAGAAGAAGAAGAAGAAGAAGAAGAAGAAGAAGAAGAAGAAGAAGAAGAGUUUUCUCCUAAAUGUAGAGCUUCUAGUUUGUCUUUUGUAAAAUGAGAGCUGAAUCUGUACAUUCUGUCAUGCCAGGGACAAACUACAAGCUACUGUGCUUAAAGAGCUCUGUCCAGGUUUCCAAGAUUCAACUUGUGUUUCCUGUGGCUUUCUUAAAAUUGGGAAAAUAGCAUUCUUGACAUUGUACUGAAGACUCUGUUAUGUAAAUAUGUGUAUGUUUAAAUAUGUUGCUUUUCCACUAUGUUUAAAUGAGUAAAAUACCAAAGCUGUACCAGGGAAAGGCAAACAGAAAGAAAGAGGAAGGAAGGAAGGAAGGAAGGAAGGAAGGAAGGAAGGAA